UUUCUUUUUCUCUUUCUGUUGUAUAUAUUUUACUCCAAAUAAUCCAAAACUGUCAAUAUAUAUUUUAAUCCAUAAUAAUGAGUGUAGAAAAAAGUUUAAGAAAAUUACUAGUGAAAUAACGGUGAUUAAUAGUGAAUUAAGGGAGUUAUUAAUAUAUUUGAUCAAAAUAAUUCAAAUAUUUAUCUAUAGAAUAUAAUACAUCAAUUGAUAAAUUAAUAAUAUGGAAGGUAUGUGAACUUUUUGACGGUGUAUGGAACUUCAGCGUGGUUAUUAAUUACUGCUGAUGGAAGAAAGAGGAUAAUGAGUGAUUCGGAUGAUACAGAUGUCCUACUCCUGAUCCCACCUGAUCUCUUCCUUGUACCAUCCUCCUCUGAUUCCGACAUUAGUAGACAGAGUUAUGAAAAAUUAGAUCGCUCUUGUGGAAGAAGAGGAGUUAUAUCGGAACUAGUUGGUCAUAUGCAAUCUUUAGAAAGUAGAAUAUCUGCUAUUGAGUCUAAAGAUAACAGUUUGGAUAUAUCCUUAUUGGAAAAUUCUCUGGAUUUUCAAACUCAAGACAACGGACACUUGUAUCGUAAGCAAUCAAUCAGAAGCAACUUUUCUGUAAGUCAACCGUCCAGUUUGCAGACUAGUCCUGUGAAACCUCGCAAGUCCCUCUCAGUUCCUUCUACACCAACUAGGUAUGUAUCAUCCAAUCGUACUAACUCAAAGCAGAAUGAUGUGAGAUCGAGUCAUUAUACUCUGGAAACUAAUAAUACUAACCCUGUUAAUACUAACGCAUGUGAUCAUGAAAAGCAUGAAGGUUUAGAAUCUCAUACGGAUUCUCUCUUGGUACCAUCUGUUUUUUAUCAUUUUGGGAUCCCGCAUGUUGUUGCUGGUACUUCGGUAACAAGGGAAUCGUAUUCUGUUUCAAAUGAUAAUCACGGUGCAAAUAAUAUGUACAGUAAAGCUUGCGAUAAAUCAUAUUUAGUACCAUCUACCUUGCUUAAUACAGUAGGACAGCAUAAAGUGGAUUGUAAAAAGAUAAUAAACAUGGAGAUUUCCGAAGUGGAUGAACUUAUUCAAGAAAUGGAAGCUACCGAUUUGGAGUUAUCUAAAAGAAUAAAUGGUGCUACUUCAUAUCAAUGUAAUCCGAAGAAGGUGGAGUCAUUUCUUCAAAAACAAGCUAGUCAAGGCAUCAACGAAAUUGAAUCUAUUUCCAAAAAUCAAGAAAUUCAUGCUUAUACUGAUUUAUCAUUAACUACCCGUCCAAGUAGUUUAUUUCAAUUAGAUGAAACCGAUAAAUUAAUAUCUAAUUUUAAACAAUGGGAAGAAAGAGUUCGUCAAACUGUUGCUGAUAAGAGUCAUAAUGUUCAGAAUAUGGAAGAUAAAACUACUAAUAAUAUAGAACAAUUACAUAGUAAAAAAAGUUCUGAUUUUACCUUAUCUAUGCCAGAGUCAAAUCAAAUUAAAUUCAAGAAAAGCGAGAUAGGUAGUAGUAAUACAAAGGAAGUACAAAAGAAUAUAACAAACAUCUUAGAAAGUUCCGAAGGACUACAUAGUGGUAGUGGGCAGAAUAAACAUACAGUAGUUCCUGAAGUUACAGAAACUAGAUCUGAACUUUUAACAAAUAUUUGUACAAAACCACUUUAUUCUAGUAGCUUGCAAGAUAUAGUCAAAGACACAGAAUCUUCCUUAAGGCCACAAAAAUUAUUAUCUUUGUCAGACUUUUGGGAUACUAAUACUAACAAAUCGCAAGGAGAAAUGAUUAGAAUUAAAUUAGAAGAAGAAAAAUUUCGAAGAGAACAUUGCGAAAUAUUAAUUCAGGAACUUCAAAAACGUUUAUUGGAACAUCAAGAAAAACUCGCGGUUGCCGUUAGAGUAGAUUACGAAAAAGAUAUAUUAAUUUCACAAUUUAAUAAUGCAUGGUCGAAAUUAAAGCAACGCGUUAAGUUAUUAGAAAAAGAACACGAAGAUUUAGAAAAAAAUCUUACGAAUAUCAACGAGAAACAUCAAUCCGAGAUAAACGAAUAUCAAUCACAAAUAAAACGUUUCGAGAACGAAUUGUCUAAAGCAUUAGACCUCGCGGCUGGUUAUAAAGAAAAAAGUGAUAGUUUGAUGAAAGAAAAAAUCGACAUGUUAAAAUUACAUGCUGAUGAAAUAGAAAAUUCUAAGACUUUAAUUCAAGCUGCAGAAAAUAGAAAUCAACAAAUAAAACUAGAAUACAAUAAAUUAAUAGAAACCAAUCAACAAAGUGAAGAAAGUUUAAGGAAUGUUCAACAGGAAUUGAAUAGAGAACGUUUACGAAGUAACGAAGUUAAAAAUGAAAUGAGCGUAAUACAUAAAGCAUUAGAUACUUGUGAAGCAGAAUUAACAGUACUUAAACAAGAAAAAGAAAAUUUACAACUUAAGAUAAAAGAAGAAAUUAAUAGAAAUAAUAUUUUAGAACAGAAAAACAUAUUUUUGCUUAAUUCUUUGGAUGAUGCGAAAAAAGGCGAAAGAUUGGCAAAGGAGGAAAAGAAAGCUUUAGAGGAACAACAGAUUAAAUUGAGCAGCGAGUUACAAGAGGUAUAUCAAAAGAAACUCGACGAAGUCGUCAAAUCUAAGUUGCAGGAGUUUCAAACACAAUUAGAUUCGGCGGAAUUAGAAUUCGUUGAGGAAUUGAAAUCAAGGCAACAAGUUAUAGCCGAAUGCGCGGCAAGCAAAAUCAAAGAAAUUAUUAAUAAGCAUCAAUUAGAAAUAAAUUUAUUAGAAGAAAAGCACAAAGAAGAAAAACGGUUGUGUGAGUUGCAAUUGGCCCAAGCUACGCAAAAGUCAUCAUUAUUAGAAAUGCAUUUGAAUUCGCAACGUACUAAUAAAUCACAAUUGGCGGAACAAUUGCAUUCGGUAAUGCAAAAACAAUGGCAACAGGCGUUACAUAUUAUAUCAGGUGGUAAUAUCGAGAAUCUGUCUCCGUUAGAAAGAAUAACGGCGGAGAAAUUUUUUGAAAGCAAAAUGCCGAGUGAAACAAUGUCAAAUUGUCAAAUCAAACUUUCGCAGGAACCGUCGAUGAUACCGGCAACGACGUCGUCGUCGUCCUCUAGAAUGCAAACUUUUCAGAAUGAACAUAAUCGUAACGAAAAUUUAAUCGAUACUCCAUUAUCAAAUAAAAUGGAUUCGAAAGAAGAUCUUCGUAAAUAUAUCAAACUCAUCGCCGAAAUGCAAGAACCUAAACAAGAGUAUAGUUUUUUUGAACAUACUAUGUCCUGUUCUCCUACAGUUUACAGAGAAGUACCACGAAAGCACUAUACUAAAAAAGAAUUAAGUAUUACGAACGAAGAUAGUACUUUAUUGCAAGCUACCUCGGAGAGCUCGGCGCACGAUUGCAGCGAAUAUAUAUCUGUACCUCAAAAGUUCAGCAGUAAAACUGAUCAACAAAGAAAUAAACCACCGUGGAAAUGAUAUUCGAUUCACAACCAUGUAAAUGAUAAUUCGGGUAUAGAUGAAGUUGAUAUUGUACGAGAAUAUCGUUUCGGUGCAGUACAAUUAUCUAGAGAUAAUUAUAAAAAUUGAGAUAUUAAUUAUUUUAUUUA